UGUACUUGUUUUACUGUUACGACACAUUGACAAUAUUUCGUUUAAUGGCGUUUCUUAGAACCGAAGCCCUUCUAGUUUCUAUUAUAUUCGUUCUAUUAUAUAACUUUGGAUUAGUUACAAGUUACGGGUUACGAUUACAAGAACAGCCAUUUGUGACAGAAACAACAGGAACCCCAGGUGGGUUUGCAGGAACAUGUGCUGCGUGCAGAGCUGUCUGUAAUUGCGCAUGUGUCAGACGAACCUGUACUGAUACAUCUUGUUGUGGACAAGAAGGAUUUGCACCUGGUACAUCAUUGGCAUCCGCGCGAUAUAAACAGGGGAUCAUUGACGAUUCCUGGUUCAGAUUCCUUUUAUCUUUACAACAAAAAUGGCGUAAUCAUGUCAAACACGCACAGUGGAGCUUAUUUUAAAAAAAAAUUACUCACAUUUUAAAUUGUAUUUAAACUGUGUUAAUGUUGCAAUUAAAGUAGCAAUAUGA